ACUGUCUCAGUCGGCGGCAGCAGCAGCAGCCGCGGAGCCGCUGUUCCUGCUCUUCCUUCGGGGUCGGAGCUAAACUUCUCUCCGCUCUCACUGACGGACUUUCGGUUUCUCUGCUCCUUCGUCCUCCUGCUGCUCCUGCUGCUCCUCCAGUGCGGCUCCCUGCUCCGCAGAGAUGAGGCGGAAGGAGAAGAGGCUGCUGCAGGUCUCGGGGCUGGUCGUGGCCGCGCUGCUCUUCUUCCCCAACGUCGGACUUUGGUCCUUGUACCGGGACCGGCUCUUCGAGAACUCUGCCGGUAACACAGCGGCAGGAGGAGCGGACUCCCCGGGAGGAGCUCCGGUCAUUCAGGGGGGGGGCAGGAUGGUGAAGGACCCCCAGCCUGGACCUGGGGGUGUCCGUAGGAAGGACUGGCACGACCACGAGGCCAUCAAACGUGACGCGUCUCGCUCUGGUCACGGUGAACAGGGGAAACCCUUCCCUCUGACCGACGCCGACCGCGUGGACCAGGCCUACAGGGAGAACGGCUUCAACAUCUACGUCAGCGACCGCAUCUCCGACGUCCCCGACAUCAGACACCCGAACUGCAGACUGAAGCUGUACUCGGAGCGUCUUCCCAACACCAGCAUCAUCAUCCCGUUCCACAACGAGGGCUGGUCGUCUCUGCUCAGGACGGUCCACAGCGUCAUCAACAGAUCUCCAGCUGAGCUGGUGGCUGAGGUCAUUCUGGUGGACGACUUCAGUGACAAAGACCACCUGAAGGUUCCUCUGGAGGAGUACAUGGUCCGUCUGCCAAAGGUUCGCAUCCUGAGGACCAAGAAGAGGGAGGGUCUGAUCAGGACCCGGCUGCUGGGAGCAGCUGCAGCCAAAGGACAGGUCAUCACCUUCCUGGACUCUCACUGCGAGGCCAACGUCAACUGGCUUCCUCCACUGCUGGACCGUAUAGCGGAGAACAGGAAGACCAUCGUGUGUCCGAUGAUCGACGUCAUCGACCACGACAACUUUGGUUACGAGACUCAGGCCGGCGACGCCAUGAGAGGAGCCUUCGACUGGGAGAUGUACUACAAGAGGAUUCCUAUCCCUGCAGAGCUGCAGCAGGAGGACCCCAGUCGACCCUUCCAGUCUCCGGUGAUGGCAGGAGGACUCUUCGCCGUGGACAGGAAGUGGUUCUGGGAGCUGGGAGGAUACGACACGGGUCUGGAGAUCUGGGGAGGAGAACAGUACGAGAUCUCCUUCAAGGUGUGGAUGUGUGGAGGUCAGAUGGAGGACGUCCCCUGCUCCAGGGUCGGACACAUCUACAGGAAGUACGUUCCCUACAAGGUUCCUGGAGGAGUCAGUCUGGCCCGGAACCUGAAGCGUGUGGCUGAAGUGUGGAUGGAUGAAUAUGCAGAGUUCGUUUACCAGCGUCGACCAGAGUACAGACACCUGUCUGCAGGAGACAUGACGUCCCAGAAGGAGCUGAGGAACCGACUGGGCUGCAGGAGCUUCAAGUGGUUCAUGACCCAGGUGGCCUGGGACCUGCCCAAACACUACCCCCCGGUGGAGCCCCCCGCCGCCGCCUGGGGGGAGAUCAGGAACGUGGGCAGCGACAUGUGCAUGGAGAGCAAACACUUCGUGUCUGGGACGUCCAUCCGUCUGGAGAACUGUGUCAAAGGUCGAGGAGAGGUCAGCUGGAGUCAUGGACAGGUGUUCACCCUCGGCUGGAGGGAGGACAUCCGUGUCGGUGACCCCAUGCACACCAAGAAGGUCUGCUUCGACGCCAUCUCCCACAACAGUCCCGUCACGCUGUACGACUGUCACGGCAUGAAGGGCAACCAGCUUGUGUCUGUGCUGCAGGACAAGAGUCUGUACCACCCUGUCAGUAACAGCUGCGUCGACAGCAGCCCCGCUGAUCGACGGCUCUUCAUGAACACAUGUGAUCCGUCCUCAGCCAAUCAGCAGUGGCUGUUUGAGAGGACCAACUCCACGGUCCUGGAGCACUUUAACCAGGAGAGGAACUGAGACACUGCAGCGUCGGAGAGGACGGACGGGGGACACAGACCAACACUGACACGGGGUUGGACUUGGUCUGUCCAGACUGAUGCUGAGGACCAGCUGUGGUCUCACUGGUUGGAGGACUGUCCUGGUCUCUUCUUCAGUUCUGAGAACUGUUUCCCCCGGGUUAGUCGUCGUCAGCUGAGCUUCAUUCACCGAACUGUAGCCACGGACCCUGAGGGAGGUGGGACAUGUCUUCCAGUGUCCUCUGUCCUCCACUCUUCAUCUGUCUCCUCCUCUCCUCUGUCUGUCUCUCAUCUGUCCAUUCCUCCACCACCCCCCGCCCCCCCCCCAGUUGAACCAACUCAUUUGAAUCUUUCCUUCCUGGUGAAUGUUGGACCAGAGACAUUUCUCAAUCUUCCCACUUGUGGGCGCUGUUUACACAGGCAGGCAGAUUCUACCACUGUGCCACUCGACCUCCUCUGAACCCCUGCUGUGUUUUCUAAGGGUUGGUAUUUGUCAUCAUGGCGAUGAUGGCUGACUCCUGACCUGUGACCUGUGACCUGACGAGGUCACAUCGGUCGGAGCAGAGAAGUCCAAAACCUGUCCUGAUUGGCCGUCGGCUGAGUUGACACUCGUCACUUUAAGGUGAAGCCUGGAGAGAACGACCUCUGACCUCUGACCCCGCUCUGUGGGUCAGCUGGAUGUGAGGGUAUCAAAAGGAAUCACAGCGCUCGUCUUUAGAAACGAUAAAAAAAAACUUGAAUGAAUCAGUGCCUUUACAGAACACACACACACACACACACACACACAGCUGUCACUGCUGACUGUGACUCAGGUCACAUUUGAUUUUUUUAAUCCUUGUUUUAUUUUCUAAUUUUUAAAAUUCAAAACGCUCUCUUCUGUUGGUGUUUCUUUUCUGUUUAGAAGAACCUUCUCUGUUCCAUGGUCUCAGUCUGGGGUCAGGGUCAGGGUCAGGGUCAGGGUCAGGGUCAGGGUGACCUGAAGUCCAGACUCACAUAACAAUCAUUUAGUGUUCCUAAAAAAAAAAGAACUGCAGAAAAUCAUUUUUCUUCCAGGACCAAAGAAAAUAUAUAACUAUGAUAAACAUAAAUAAAUAAAUAAAAAAAAAUAUAAAUAAAUAAAGAUAUAAAUAAAUAAAGAUAUAAAUAUAAGCUCGGAUCAAAACCGCUGGGAAAAUGAAGAAGGAAAGUUUGGGUUUUUUCUGCUUCAUCACUUUUGAUUUUCUUCAGACUUUUAUUUGGUUUCACACCUGCAGCAGUGAUGUCAUAGAUGAUGUCAUCAUCAAACUGGAACACGUUGACCACAUACAUCCGUCUCUGACCUCUGACCUGUAGGACAGUGUUUUUCUACUGUGGGUAAAUAUUUAUCUGAACUGCAGGAAGUCCAAAUGUCUGGUAUUUUUGAAAAUGAAUAAAGUUUUUCUAUAUUUGGAUGAAAA